AUGACUCCAAUUCCAGAAAGUGUAAAUAUUAGAGAAGAGAUUGCUCAAGCGCUGUCGAUUCUGGUCAAUAAUGAAACGUUUCAUGAGGUGGCUGAAGAAACCCGAUGUGCCGUUUUCAUUGCCAUAGAAAACUUUUUUAAAAAUAAAUUAGAAUCCCUAAAGCUUCCUUCGUCAUUUACGGCUAAGGAGAGAGCUUUUGCUCACAUAAUCGCUCGGCUGAGUGGAUUGUAUUCUGAAUCGGAAACCGUCAUUGGUGAGAAGAUUUUAACCAUUAGUGCACUAUGUCCCCGAAAAACUUUGUCGCCUUCUGCAAACUCAACAGCUGAGUUUCGUCUAACAUGGAACAGUAAAAAUAUAGUGGUCCAUCUGUUGCAGACUAAUCCAGUAACAGCUAAAGAAAAACUUGAAUUGUAUCCUCGUGUUGAAGGAGCUUCAGGACUUGACAAAGGAACUAGAGAAGAACGACAGAGGGGUACAACUGGACGACUUAUGGGCGCUGUACCACAAAUCCCAACACCACCUCCUACUAAUUGGAACAGGGAAGCAAGUGACUCAAAGAAACAACUUAUCAACAGUUAUCGUCAACAAAUUGUCCAUCAGUUAAAUUCCAGUCAAGUUGUGAUAAUCUCAGGCCCUCCAGGUUGUGGCAAGACUACAAUUUUACCUCAGAUUUUAAUGGAUGAGUGUUUUGCUCGUGGUCAACGAUGUCGUAUGAUAUGUAGUCAACCUAGACGUCUAUAUGCUCAUAUUAAUGCUGAACGAUUAGCACAUUUAAGAGGUGAAAAUGUGGGCCAAACAAUUGGUUAUCAAAUUCGAUUGGAGUCAAAAGUCUCUCCGAGAACUCUAUUAACUUUCUGUACACACGGAGUUCUUUUGCGAACAAUAUAUGCAGAUUCUAGACUUAUGGUAGGUACAACACACAUCAUCGUGGAUGAAAUAGAAGAAGAUGAGAUACCUGCAAGUUUUGCGUCACUAGAUUCUCAAAUGGCAGAAAUUAAUAGUUCUAGUGUAAUCGAUAAAAAUCGUUAUGCUGACAAUCCAAACGGAGGAUGCGGAAUUUUGUUAGGAAUCCUACCCUCACUUCUGUCUCAAUAUCCACAUUUAAAAGUAGUGCUUGUAAUAAACACUCAUUUAUCUACUUAUAAAUCUUGGUACAACAAUACACUGAAAUACACAGAACAUGAUCAAACAAGAGUUAUGUGUUGCAGUGAAAGCGAUAGUUUGGCUGCUUCAGUGAACAUUUCAAAUCCUAUUACUAUGACCAACCCUGAACAGUUGCCAAAUGGCGUUGAUAAUGACAACUGUGUUACUAGAGAUAAUAAUAACUCAUUGAUAUUUAGAAAUGAUAGUAACUUGAAUCCAAUAAAUAACAAUGGGAUUUUAUCUAUGAAUAAUCAAAAUAAAUUUGAUAUGCCUCAAAUUUACUCUGUUCCGGAUUACACGUGCAAAUCAAGUCAAGUUAUAUUAUCAUCAUCAUCAUCAUUACCAAAGGAGGACAGUUGUUCUUCUACUCCUUCUCCUUGUUUAACGAAAAUCAAAUCACCACUGAAUAAGAUUCAAAAUGAUCCAUCGUUGAAAACGUUAACCUACGAGCCAUUACAAGGUUUCAGUAAAUACUUCAAUGGAGCUCCAGUAAUUAACAUACCACAUAAUACUCAACAGGUGAAAACUUAUUAUCUAGAAGACAUUUUAGAGUGGACAAAUUAUUCAACUUCGCAAAUGGAUGAUGCUUUUAUGUCUUUUUUACAGGAUACUUCUAAAUGCCAGAAUAUGUAUUUCUGGCUUAAAGGCAACGAACCCACUAACUACAAUUCAAGAGAAUACAAUACGGAUAUAUUUCGAGAAAAUAAUGCGAAUGAUAUGGUUAAGGAUGGAAUAUUAUUCGAAACUGCUCACUUUAACGUCAUAAAGAAGCCACCGGUAGUCUUUAAUGAUCAAAUGAAAGUUUAUUUGGAAUCUGAUCAGUUGUUCAAUAAGGUGAAAGACCGUGAAGAUAUUGAUUCUGCAAGUAAUCCAAAAAGACAUGCAAACAACUUACUAUGGACUAUAUGGCGAAGCACUGUCCACCAUCCCAGUGGUCUCAAACCGAAUAAAUGUCAAAAUAAGGAAAAUGAUGAAUCAGAAAUUAAUGGUCACUUACACUCUUGUCUGACAAACUUAUUUCAGUGUAUUUUAGCUAGCUGGAUAUCGGUUGAUUAUGAACAUUCUAAUUCAGGUCUGACUCCACUCAUGGUUUGUUCUGCUGCUGGAUUAAUGGAUGCUGUUGACCGUCUGUUAGGCCUUGGAGCGAAUCCAUUUACGCGUCUAGCUAUGCCCUACGAAGUGUUAAUCUCACAAACCCGUAAUAACUGUCAAAAAGAUUUUGAGCUUUUAGGUCCACAACAUCGCAAAGUUACAAUUACAAAUGAAGUCUAUACUAUUGUCGGAGUUAAUGCAUACGAUUUGGCACGUAUAUUUGGUCAUGAUGAGGUGGCAGGAUUACUGAGAACACAUAUGGUUUCUCAAAGUCUUCGACAUGAACCAGAAAACUGGGAAGCUAUACUUUUAAGAUACGGUUCUUGGUUUCAAAGUUCAUUGAGCAGUUCACAAUUCGAUAAUUGCACUUUAAAUGAAAAUCAAAUCACCCUAACUCAUUCACAAAAAGCCUCAACAGAAAAAAGAAAAAGUAUAAAUCAACAAAAUCUAUACAACAAGCUACUCUUAUCUUAUCAGUUAGCUAGAAAUUGUACAGAACCUGAGACAACAGUUGAUUAUGAUCUGUUGACUAUGCUCAUUGUGAAAAUUGAUAGUUCUUUGGCAGAAGGCACAAUAUUGGUCUUUUUGCCAUCCUACGAAGAGAUCAUAACAUUACGAGAAAGAUUACUAAGCUCUGAGAUUUCGCCGUGGAAAUCAUCAAAAAGACCAUUAAUAUUGAUUCUGCACUCUAGAAUGCUUGUUGCUGAUUUAAAAACAAUAUAUGCUCGGUCUAAGAGUUCCGUUCGUAGACUAAUACUUUCAUCAAAUAUUGCAGAAUCAUGCAUGACUUUUGAUGAUGUGUCCUACGUCAUCGACUGUGGAUUAGAUUUUACGGGACAGUAUCUUGAUUGGACUGAAACUACUGCACUACGAAAUCAUUGGAUUACGAAGUCGAAUGCAAUUCAAAGACAAACAAGAACCGGAGAAAAUAAGAAUGGAAUAUGUUUUCACUUGUACAGUAGUUUACGAUUCAGCAUGUUGUCUGAAGGACCAAAUUUUGCUGUAAGAGGACAUACAGUUGAAGAGGCAUGUAUUCAAGCUCGCCUACUUUCACCACCAAAUAUCUCCAUAGAAACUGUUUUGCGUACCUUACCAAAACCACCACUACCUGAAUCUUCUAGAACGGCUAUUCAAGGCUUAAAGGAAAUGGAUGCACUGGAUAAUUUUGAAGAACUGACUGAAUUAGGUUAUCAUAUAUGUGAUAUACCUAUACCAGCACAUUAUGCUAAAAUGGUUUUAGUUAGUGUUGUGUUAAAAUGUCUUGAUCCAAUUCUAACAAUUGCGUGUAUACUAGCCUACACAGAGCCAUUUACAAUACCUAGAAAUGAUGGUGAACGACGCGAUUUAAUGAAUGCUAGAAAAAAAUUUUCUGCAGAUACUUAUAGUGAUCAUAUGAUGCUAUUAAGAGCAUUUCAGUUCUGGCAGAAAUCUCGUUCCGAAGGAUGGGAAAAAAAUUUCUGUCAGAAAAAUUUUAUAUCUACUACAGCUUUCGAAGUUAUCACAGCUAUUCGUACACAGUUAUUAGGACAGCUUAGAGCUUCUGGUUUUGUGAAAGCCAGAGGAAGUGGAGAUAUCCGAGACCUUAACAGUAAUUCAGAAAAUUGGGCUGUUGUUAAAGCAGCUAUUGUAGCCGGUAUGCAUGGUAAUUUAGCCCGAUUGGAUAGGAAAAAUUCAUGUUUGAGGAUGGCUAAUGGAAACAAAUCAUUGAUUAUGCUUCACCCAAAUUCUGUCAUUGCUACAAAUUCUGAUGGGACAAAAAUGGAUUUGAAUAACUUGCCGUGUGACUGGCUUGUUUUUGAUGAAGUGCUCACUUUAAGUAAUUCAAAUGCCAAUGACAUCUAUGAGUCCAUGUUGUCAAGCAACAGUGAAACUCAUUUCAGCAAUACUUGUAUGAAUAGCCAACAACAAAAUAAUCACCUGAGCACUUCUACUGAAAAUAAUAAAAGCGACUUGAAGGUUAUAAAAUGUGCUAGUAUAAUUUCACCAAUCACUGUAGCACUAAUGGCUGGACCGAUUCGAUUAUGGCCAGAAAUGAUUAAAGAAUCUCAGUCAAAUGUAAACGGCUUUAACCCUACUAAAAUACCCACAGAAGAAGCAAAACAACAAAUCCAUCAGUGCCAGACAGUUUGCAGUAAUACAAAGAAUAAAAAUGAGAACAAUAACAAUAUUAUCUAUGGAGGGGUUCAAGAAGAAUAUGAAACUGAAUCAGAGUCCGAUUCUGAUUCAGAAACUCAAGGGAUUGUUAAAUCUCUUUUACAGAAUAGUAAUAAUAAUAACAACAGUAAUAGUAAUAAUAAUAGUCAAUUAUCACGUAUUCAUAUGAAUAUUCGUGAAGUUCUCGGUGAAAUAAUACAGCAGAAAACAAAAACAAGUGGCAAUUCAACAGACGCGAAGUCAAAAGUGGAUACUCCACAAGCACCGACACAACCAUCAGAUCCUAUCAUAAAUCUAUCAACAAAUUUCAAUACAAUAAAGGUUUCUGAUCAUAAUAAGCAUAAUUUGAAGUCAUUGCCUAUUCAACAACAAAGUCAAUUAAUUCCUAAUCUUACUUAUUCACCUGUGGAUCAGUCUAAUCCUAUAAUGUCAAUGAUGUCAUCAUCAUCGUUGGUUUCAACAUCAACAUCUGCAAAUGAUCAAACAAAUACUAACACAUCAUUUUGCUUAGAUUCAACUGGAUUUCUUCGUUUUAUUCUAAACUCGAAUGAAGCACAAAUGGUUAUAGGCUUACGACAGAAAUGGCAUGCAUUGUUCUUACGUCGAUUAAAGAAUCCUGGGAAACAAUGUUCACAACAAGAUGAGGCGGUUCUUAAUUGCUUGACAAAUGUUUUAAUGACUGAAGAACAAGCAUUGGGGCUAAGACAACCAUCUGGUGUUGGUGCACGUCCACGUCCAAUGGCAGCAGAACUAUGCAAUCAACUUGAUUGCUCACAAAAUGAUACUUCUCAAAUUGCAAAAGUCUCUACUGGACAGAGUAUGAAUAAUAAAAUUGCCCAUUGUAUAAUAACAGAAAGCAAACACCCAUCACUACAAUUACUUCUUCAAACACAAAUCAGUUAG